UUCUUUACAAACAAUGUUGAAAAUAAUCAUAGAAAGAAUAAAUGGAUAUAGCAAACUGAACAUGUAUUUAAAAUAAUUCACACAUAGCCAGGCAAUUGGUAUUCAAUUCCAGCCAAUCAGAACACGCUCUUUCAUGUAACUGCAUUCCCUUGUUCAACCAAAAAUGCAUAUGUUGUAUGGUUGUCAGGGUGAGGAGAUUGAAAUUGAUGCUUUGUCAACUUGACACUUGCCUGUUAGUGAUUUUUUUAUCUUUUAGUUGAAAUUUUGGAAAAUAUGUUGCAAUGUGUGAAAAGAAUUUAAGCCCAAGACUGCAUUGUGGCUGCUUCUUUUCACUCAGGCGUUGUUUCCUAAACUUUGCAUUCCCGCUGUGUGGUCAUGCAAAAAAUUUGAAACAUCACCUUCAGUGGAAUGAUUCAGCAUAGAAUGCUCUUGAGUCAUGGCCUUAGAUCCUUAAGUAAAUGUUUCAUAUCAUUGCAGGUAUUGAUGAACUUAUCGAAGUAACUGCUGCAUCUGAGUAUAUACCAGACAUCAUAAAACACUUAAAUGCUCGAGUCACUGAUCAGGAAGGUGUCAAACUUAAUACGCAAAUUAGGGACAUGAAGAAUGGUAAAUAUAUGGUACAGUUUGUCCCUCUGCGUGAAGGCAAACUAAACAUAGAUAUUACGCUAUAUGGCCAGCAUAUUACACACAGUCCUUUCCCUGUAACCGUCAAAGAGGUAGAAUCAGACACUGAGGAUGUUGUUGAAGAUGAUGAUGUGAUUUUUCUUAAGGAGUCAACAAAGCCAUGUUUGGUCAAAGUUUCCGAUGUGACAUGUUCUAUUGAUCCAACUAUAGUCUACAAGGCUUAUAUAGGUAAGUGUUCUAAUACAGGGUAACCAAAAAAUACUUUAACUGUAUUGGACUUUGUUCCGUCCCCACAACUAACAGACUUGAUACACAAAGAGAUGGUUGGAUACAUUAAGCCAUGUUUGGUCAAAGUAUCGGAUGUGACAUGUUCUAUUGAUCCAACUAUAGUCUACAAGGCUUAUAUAGGUAAGUGUUCUAAUACAGGGUAGCCCAAAAAUACUUUAACUGUAUUUGACUUUGUUCCAAUUCCCAUCUAACAGACUUGAUACACAAGGAGAAUGUUGGAUACAUGAAUCAAUGUUUGGUGAAAGUAUCAGAUGUGACAUGAAAAGGAUGGUCAAAUUACUAGCAGAAGAAACCAACCUCAUAGGCUGUG